UUUUAAGCUCUUGACCAGGGAGCCUCUGCCUCAUCCUGAUACAUCACUCCUCAGGAGAGAACUGCCUUAGACUUCACCAAGCCAGAGUUUUCCUCCUUUUUGCAAAAAACAAGAACACCAGAUCCCUUGGAAUUAAGAGAAGUAUCAAGGUGAAGGACACCUACACCAGCUGGAGUUGGCACAACCAGAUCCUUCCUUAUGGACUGUGGGCACACUUCUACCAGUAAACUGUUUGGUUUUAUUAACAACCUCUGAAUUGCUGUAAGAAUUUGGUGAAUGAUCUUUGGUUGAAGAAUCGUCGCCAAAACCUGAGUGCAAAUUGCAAACUGCAGAAUUUUCCAGUUCAAGAAAAAAGGGAAAGAAACAGAUGUAAAUAACCUCUGCUUGAGCUCCAUGUUCUUUACAGUGUCUUGGGUGGACUCUAGGAUGCCAGUGCUGCUGGCCAGCCUUCUGUUGCUGAUCUCCUUGCAAAGGCUGGCUCUGUCCAACCUCAUGAUGGAUAUGGCUCUGCAUUCCUUCGAUGACCAGUAUUUGGGGUGCAGAAAGCAGAUGAUGGAAGAACUGGAGAGAGGAGACUAUUUCCAAAAGGAAAUAGCUGCUAACAAGGACUAUUUGAGUCUCUGGAAGAAGGCUGAGGUGGCUUUGUUAAAGAGACCUGUAGGUCUCCUGAGGGAGAUGAGUGAGAGCCAUGCCAUAGCCCUCAUGGCUUACACCAUGAACUCUUCCCUCCACUCUCAGCUGAACUGGGCCACAUCUACAGCAGGAAGCUCUCCAGAGCACUACAGACACAACUUCAGUUUCAAAUAUUUUCACUUUUACCUAACAACCACUAUCCAGAUAAUGAAGCAAUGGCAGAGCAGCAAGGACAGCAUGGGAAAACAAAAGUGCUACCAGGUGCACAGGGGUGUAAAAGACUUAUAUAUUGAGGCCACGGUAGGCAGCAGGGUGCGAUUUGGUCGUUUCACUUCCACCUCCCGCCUCUGGAAUGAAGCCCAGAAGUUUGGGAAUGAAACUUUGUUCACAGUGAUCACUUGCCUGGGAGCAGCUGUGCAAGCCUUUUCUUACUACACGUGGGAGAAGGAAGUCCUCAUUCCCCCUUACGAGAUAUUCCUUGUCAAAAGCUUCUUUCGGACACAGCACGGUAACCGGCUGCAUCUGCAUUCUGUGGGGAACUACAGCAAGUACCACUGCCAGCUCGUGGAAGCUUCAAGAAGCAAGAACAGUGGUUCUACUGCCUUCGCCUCUGCUGUUCUUCCUAGCAUCGUUGGAGUUUUCUUGUGCUUGGUCCGCAAUGACUGAUUCUCUGGCUGCAUCCCGAUGUAUACACUUGAACAGUGGGCAAGAAGAAUUCACAGGAAAUCAGCCUCUGGAGUUCCUGUUGUUACACAAGGUUCAACCCUCCCUUUGCUUUCAGCUGCAGCUCUCCAGCUGAGACUGGAACAUUCAGCCUGGUUCAUCAAAACAGACAUUCCCUGGACCCAUUCAGGUAGAAGGGCAGUUAUCCAUGCCCUUUGUGAAGAGUAGGGCAGUGACACCCUUCACUGCAGGUAGCUUUUCCCUUAGGCAUUCAGAAAGACACACAUGGACUUUGGACUCUUUACAGAUCUCUUAGUACCUUUAUUUUUAGUGAGAAAGAGUCCAUCUGUGGGAUGCAAAAGGCACCAUGGUGGUAAAGUUGAGUGGGUAACUGUGCAGCUUUGCAUAUCUGCUUUGAGUGCAGGGUCCCAGGGAACAGUAGAGUCUGUGGCUGCUGCUAGUGGUCUUCCCCUGCUGCGUGACUCCAUCCACCAAAGCCAUAGCUCUCAUCUCAAGCUGACUGCCUGCAUCCCACAAAUGGGGGACAGAAGCAUAAAGCUGCCUUGAGACAUGAACUUAGCAGCAGAGGAUCAUGAGACUUGUCAGGCUUGUCUUCAGCUCUCAUGUUGGACUCGAGCAUUUCUUCUGAAAACUUCAGGCAGAUCCUGUGUUCGUAACAGUCCUUUAGUGGCUGAUGAAUACAUGCUGGUCAUCUCACACUGAAGUGAAGGAAAGUCUGUGGAGCCCAUUGCUGUCUUCGUGGGUGUUGAAUGUGACUGAAAUUAAUUUACUUGCCUUUCUACUUCACCGGUCUGCAAUGUCUAAUGCUGAAGGUUGAAUCAACAUUGCAAAUUGGAACUGGAACUUCUGAUUUAUCUAUAGACUCCUCUCUUCUGUGUGUUCAUUACCAUUUCUGGAGCCUUAGACACCCAAGCCAGAACAGGUUUGAAGUUCUCCCAUCUCCAAAAAAUAACGGUAUGUAAAUUAUAAGAAACAUUUUCUGCCUGUAAUUCCCCUUUCUAUCAUGCUUUGUUUGCUUCUUCACCCCUGGUCCCUUACCCCCUCACGCUAGCCCUGGGUGUCAGAGAGGUUUUCUCACUGGUCCAAAGAGACUAGUCAUGGUGAUUUAACUUUGCAGUGGAGUCAUCAAAUAAUUGAACUGAAAGUCACUGACACAUUUCACAAAUCACCCCAGCUUUCAGUCAUUGCUGAUUCUGGCAGGGAGCUGGAGUUUGGCAUUCACCAUAGCCUGUCCAAAACAGUAAGCAACAAGUUAGCUAUCCAAAUGAGAUCUUAACAGGAGAGAACUGCACAAGCUGCCCAUCAGCUGGUUAGUCAAAAGUAAGGACAGCCAAAAGCACCGUGUGAACUGCUCGACUCUCAGAGCAGCUCCAUAUAAGCUUGGUGCUGCCAUUCUGUUGAAAUCCUGUGGCAAGGAAUGAGAACUUAGGCACACGAGAACUAUUAGCAUUAGAAAUGUAGGCACUUAAGGAAUUUGGAUGUCUUCAGGCUUUAGCAGAUUAAAUGAAGGAGACUGAGGCUCAGCAUCUUGUGUAUCAGAUUUAGGUGUCUGUAAUGGCAGAGGACAUCAUCUAAUCAUCUAAAACCUAGUAAUAUGUCCUGUGAAACUGAAAUACUGUCCCUGAAAUCCUAAAACAUGCUUGCCCAGGAAGCUAAACCAGAUUUAAUACAGAACUAUUUUACUAUUAGCUUGUUUUCUAUCUAUAUUUCAUGUUACUUUCUUGUUGCUGUUGGUUUAUCAGUGAUUUCAAACAAUAAGUUGUCAGAAUUUGAUUUUGACCCUUAAAUGCUCAAAGAUACUAAGCCCAGAUUUCAAAAAAGAAUGAAAAUAUUAGAAGCAGCUGCUGCGGAUACCCCUUGUAUGUGUGUUCAAAUGUUCUUAAACUCCCAUGUCAGAAUUACAGGCAUUAAGAUGGAUUUCUGGCACAUCAGCACAUUUAUGCCUCUCAAUGCUUAUUUGUUAUUGCUGGGAUGCAGGCUUCAACUGCUUUAACAAAGGUUUGGAAUCCUUCACAAGGUGGCUUCAGUAUCCUGAAAGCCUCCUCUAAGUAGUCAGCUGCUAUUUUCAGGCUUCUCUUUAUGGAUCUGUGUCCUCGAAGGACAGCCUGUAGGAAAAUAACGAAUGAUGAUGAGGAGGGUAGAGAGCGAAGCCUGAGCUGUUGUGAUGUUCCACUUGAGGAGGAGCUGCCUUCUGUGGUACUCGGUGUCUCAUUUUGUUGCAGCAUCUUCACAAUAUCAGCAUAGUCCAUGAGAAGUUCUGAUACAUGGAGGGAUAAGGCAGGUGAACUCAAUAACUGAUGAAUAGCAGACUCUACUGUGUCAGGGAAAUUAUCAUGUUUCAACAUCACUGCAACGAGUACACCCAUGAUGCUUUCUACAACCCCCUUGUAAUUAUCAUAAAGUUCCUUUACUGCAGCGAUCUUGUCCUGCAAUGAGGUGAUGGGACCAGCAAUCUUAGCAUACAAACUGUGGCUGAUGCUUUCCUGCACAUCUUUGUCAUUUGUUUCCACAGUGGCUUGCAUUUCUUUCAAAGCGUUGACCAGGAGCUGCAGAUUCUCUUUAAUGCUGAAGUUUUCUUUUACUGACAUGAUGGGGAAGCUGGUGCCAAGAUGCUCAUUAAGGAGUCGGAAUAUCGUGUUGGUUGAAGAGACAUAGAUGUACACCAAGUCAUACAGAUUCUGGCAGGCCCUGACCAGCCUUUCUUUAUCACUCUUAAAACCGAGGCGGGCUAACAUUUCUGGAGUGGUGUGUGACUCUGAAAAGCAAACAGAGGAAAUCCAGAAGACACAGAGGAAUAAAACUGGAUAUAUUUUCAGCUAGAAUGUUACAUUUCUGAAACCAAUAUUACACAUUAUCAACCCAACUUCACCCGUCCUCCCCAAGACAUUACAGUUAGAAGAAAACACAGAAAAAGCUCUUUGUCAGCCUUUUCAGGGGUCUUACCAAGCAGGCCAGCAAAAUAUGGUGUAAACAGCUGCAAGUAUCGUUGCCUCUUAUGGCUGCAGGAAGUAUGACUCUGACCUUCAGCAUGCAGUCUGAAAAGCAAUGGAAGUGCUGCAAGUGAAUUAUUCUUGCCUUUUGGUGAUUAUUGGUAAAUUUAUGGGAGUCCUAGCAAACAAUUUACUUUACAUCAUCCUUAGAACUAUAUUCUUUCAGUUUGUAUAUAGCCGUGGGUCUACACAGAAUUAAACUCACAUUCUGGGGAGAGGGAAUAGACACAGCAGAGUCAAAUGCAUCAGACAUAUACCUUCAAGAGGCAAAUCAAUUGAAGGCUGAGUGAUGCAAUGCUUUGUCAGGCUACAGUUUCCUGUGAAGUGACCCAUUAUCUGUCAGUUCAUACAGGGCCUAGAUGUUGUAAGCAUCCCUUGAGAGGUGGAAGCACAAAACAUUCUCCAUGCUUGGACUCCCAUCUUGCUACCAUUUUGACUAUCAAGGAAGUUAUGUCCUGCUUGCACCUAAGAGUUCUCCCAAGGCCAACUGCAAGCACAGUCCUGGGACAGCACGCAGCUCAGGGACUGCUCCUGAUUUUGUCUUUGCUUGUGCCAGAGCCCUGGAAAGCCAGACUGGUUGCAGCAGACGUGUUUCAUCAGCUAUUACUGUGGUUAGAUGUGCAGUUAGAUGCAUCCAAGCAGUUGCAGCUUCCCAUCCCACUGCAUAUUUUUUAAGACUUUUCUCUCACUGCUCAGCUCAACCCUCUGCUUCUUCCUCCUUCCCCUUCCUGUGGCAAAAGUGUUCUGAAAUUGUGUGAAAUGGCAAAAUUGAUUUUUCCCUCCAUUGCUGUUCAGCCAGAGUUGGCUCUGGGGCUCCACACCACUUCUUCCACUCUCACGGCAUCAGAGGAGAGGACCUGGGAAACUGCAGCAAAGAAGAGUGACAGGCACUCCAGAUUAAGUCCUUCCCCCAAACUUAAUAGGUCUGAAACAAUAGCUAUUAAUCUUCCCUAAAGACCUGCAGUAAAGCAGAGACAAAACUGCUUGCUUAUUGUUUAAAUUAUUUUCUGUCAUGUUCCAAAUGAUAGAGCAGGGACUCUAGGAGAGAGGAAUUCGCAUCCACUGUAAACCAUGAGGACCUGAAAGCAGUUUCCAGGCUACAGAAUGUGACACAGAGGCAGCUGCCAGCCCGAUGAGUUCAAUUCUGUUCAAUAUCAGAAGUAGUAUUUCAGGACUACAUGGCAUUCUCAGUUAAUAACAGGAGUCACAACUAACUGACCAUUGCAGAAAUUUAAUAGUUAAAUCAUUAGUGUUCUCUCUCAGCUUAUCUUCUCAUGCCUACAGCUCUGAAAACAAGGGGAGCCUGGUACUUUGGCUCUGGGUUGAACAGAAUAGCUCAGCUUUCAGGGGAAAACAAACUGGCAGUGGCAGAGUACUCGUUUUAUGCUUCAUCUUUUACUUUCAUCUGAGAACUUGACCAUUCUCUACUGUGGAGGCACCACUCAUGACCACAGCCUAGUGGGCAGCAGGUCCAUCUUUCUAAGGAUCAGAGCAUGGAAGAUGUCUAGCUUGGAUGAAAGCAGAAGUACAGGCUUGUUUUGCUGGGACAGACAAAUCCUGUUUUCACCGUCUGUGGUAUCUAUUUUUCUAUUUGUGUGGGACUGUUCAACUUUUCUUCCAUAACUCAUAGGUACACAAAACCAGUCAUGGCAACAAUCCAUUAUUUCAAGAAACAGCUACAAGCAUUGGCGUUUAUUGUUUAUACUUAUAAACAAUAGAAAUUUAAAAAGCCCAGUACAAAAACUAAUCCUGUAUCUGUAUGAACGAAAAGCACUGUCCUACAUGUUUUAUGUUCUGAGAACAGCAAGUAACACCAUCCCCUUUCAGCCACGGCUGUAGGUACCUGUAAUGGUACCUUUGUCAUAGGCAGAGGGGUUCAUGCUGUAGCUAUUGUCUCCAGGAACAGAAGACCUUUGGAGGAUCUAACAAUUGGGAACUAGCAUGCAAUAAACUGAAACGUGUUAAAAUUAGAAGGAAGGGGAAAGCAGGGAGAAAACUAAAUGAAUCUGAGUAAACAUCACACAAUAGAAUUAAUGACAAGCAGGCAGGCAACAGGACCCAGCUAAAGCCCAGGCUCUGGAUCCCUAACUCAUCACAUGCUGCUGGAAACCACCAGAGGAACACAGGGGAAAGAGGAUGAAGUCACUGUCCCGUACACAUUCAACUGACUGCAGGAGCACUCAGACAAAAUCAG